UAUCCGCAUGGGGAUCUGGGCGGGGGGAUCGCGGAGGCGAGGAUGGAGAGCAUCGCGCACAUUCCCGACCGUCUCGUCGCGCACUCGCACCGCCCACUCUUCUUGGUUAUCCGCACCCCCUUCGCGCUGUCUUGCCUUGUCCGCAACCCCCCCGCGCUCUCCGCGUGACACACGGCUGCUUUCGGUUCGUUCUCUCGUCUGUUGCGCGUGCCGCCCCAUCCCCGCCUCCGCCUGACGUCGCGAGCAGCGCGGGUUUGCGCGAGCGCGGGGACUCGGCGGGUGGAGGCAGAAGGUGGUUGAAGCAGGGCGGGGAGCGCGGAGGGGCCGGUGGGAACGUGCGACUACGGCGGGGCGGCGAGCGCGGAAGAGUGGUGUUGAAGCGCGGAUGUACGGUGGCGGCGCGGCGUGGCAUCCCGUUACAAGCGGCCUCGAUUGACCACGUGGUGACGCUCCCCAG